AUGCGUCGGAGUCAAAGGGGACAUUCAAUCGACUGUUCCAACAGUCCAGAGAAUGAGAGUGACAGAGAGCAAACCCCAAUUUCAUUGACCAGAUCCAGAAGGCUAUCCCGACACCGAACUCCCACAUUAUCCGAUGAAGGAAGCUUGAAUGAGAGUCCUGAAGACUCUUACUUGGUCACCAGAACCAGUGAGCAGAGCAUCUGCGAAGAAGAUAUACCCCAAAUGGUCACCAGUGGCAUCCCUUUCUCUUACAGAAACUUCCUAAGAUGGCUGAUUAACUUCAUCUGCUUUACCUCCAUCCUGAAAAACACUGUUUGUAAAGCUCAGCUCUGCCCCAACUACAUUGGGUGGACCCAGACAGGGGCAACAAUACUCAAGAAUUUGCUCCAUAAACUGGUGGAAAAGCUGACCAUUCUGCUCUUCUGUGUGUUUGCCUUCUGGUUCAUCAUUAUCUUCUUGCCAACCAAGCUGGAUACAGGGCGAAUGAGCAUGAGGACUCCAGGUGAGGUCAAAAGCUCCAUUUCUUCACUCAAGGAACUAAGGUUUUACCAGGAGAAAGUGAGAAAACAUGCAGAAGAAAUCCAAGCCCUGUAUAGUCUCAUGAAACAACUUUCAGCCAAAGUCCAAGAAAUGAAAAUCAUGUCUAAUGAGGACCUAGUGGCACAGAACAUAAUGAAGAAGAUACAAGGAGACUAUAUUGAAAAGCCUGAUUUUGCCUUGAAAUCCAUUGGAGGGACCAUUGAUUUUGAACACACAUCUGCCACCUACAGUUGUGACAAAGCCAGAUCUUACUGGAGCUGGUUCCGACUGUGGAACUAUGCACAUCCACCCGAUGUCAUCCUGGAGCCCAACAUGACACCUGGCAACUGCUGGGCAUUUAGCGGAGACAGCGGGCAAGUCGUCAUCCGCCUGGCCAGGAAGAUCUUCCUCACCAAUAUUACAAUCCAGCACAUCCCCAAAACGAUUUCCCUGUCGGGCAACUUGGAUACAGCCCCCAAGGACUUUGUCGUAUACGGCAUCAACGAUAAAAGCAGAGAAGAGACAUUCCUGGGGGCUUUUUUGUUUCAGCCUGAAAACUCCAUUCAGAUGUUUCCGCUCAAGAACACGCUCUCCAAACCCUUCAACUGCAUGAAACUGAAGAUAUUGACCAAUUGGGGAAACCCCCACUUCACCUGCAUCUACCGAGUUCGAGCUCAUGGCACAAUGAAUCAGCCAGUGACUGCUCCAGCUGACUCCAUCAAGCUGGCAGAACCACUUCAUAAUCAGUCCCAAGGUGUAAAAGGUCAGGGAGGGAGGAGGUCAGCGUGUGCCUAUUCCUUUGCUACUGACACCAAGGCCAACAAGUUCCUCACCAUUGAUGCUGGGGACAAAAAGAUCUGCCAGGAGUUUGCUGAUCAGGAGAUUGAGACAUGA